AUGUUAGGCAUGGCGAAAGAAAUUGCUUUGAACGGCUCAAGCAGAGUAACAUACCGUCAGAGAUUAGAACUAAUAAUGCAGCAUUUUGAAGUUGAAUCCAACAUACCAACUAUUAGACACAUUAAUGCAGAAUGUAAUGUAUCCAAAAUUGUCUAUGACUUUUUUAAGACCGACCCAAGUGCAACGCAGUAUACAAUUUGUACUAAAAAUUGUAUUGAAAAAGAAAAAACACAGCCAUCACCAACAUUGAUUUUAAAAAAAGAUAAUGGGUUUUCAAACUUAAAAGGUAUUAUUUUGCAGUAUACGAAAAUGAAAGUUACUCAAUGUAAAAACCUAAGCUGCACAGGACUUAUUCAAACGCAUAGAGAAUUAGGAAAUGCAAUUUUCAUCGAAGCAGAUGCACUUUGCCAUAAAGAUGGCUAUAAAAUAGAUGAUUUUCCAGAAGAUAUUGAGAUUGAAAAGUUAAGGUAA